AUGUGGCACCACGUAACUCGAGCACAACACAUGAAUCGUGUUUUGUUCAAACCGGACCCGAAUUUCCUUAGCAACAGCGAAUUAUUGAGCCUUGCCCACUUCGGUCCAAGCAAGGAUUGCCUCGAUAAGCUCGAUAAAAUGGACGCGGACAAGUUCAGCGAAUGUUUCCAUCGCGACUGGGCGUUUAACAGGUUCAUGUACUGUGUUGUGAGGGUCCGAUCUGGUACCCCAGACAUGAUGGCGUACUGGCUCAUGAAGAAUUGGGCUGCAGAAGUACGUGAGGAGGUCUACGGUGAACCGAAGACAGAUAUAAUGGAUCUCACCACCGAGGACAUGCGCGAGCUCUCGACCGGGAAUGUGACCGGUACCAUCCUUGCUAAACUCGAAGUCAUGAACAAUGGAGACUUCUCUGUAUACAUGACGGACAAAAACUUCAACAAGUUUGUAAAUGAGGUCGUGGGACUAAGACCGGGGUUCCCUCCUCAUCUCAGAAUGGACGUAGUCAAGUUGCGGGUCAGACUAAUCGCUGAUGGAACUCUGACGGUCUAA